AUGACAAAAGUUUAUUCAUUACUAAUAUUAAACAAAUCAGGUGGUCUAAUAUAUCAAAAAGAAUUACAACUAGGUCUUUCAAAACUAACAGCAAAUGAUUAUCUCGUGUUAGCAGGUACAUUACAUGGAGUUCAUGCAAUUGGUUCAAAAUUAACAUCAAAUAUACUAGAAAACUCACAAAGAAGUUUUAAUCUAGAGGAUAUAAAUAUACAACAUAAUCAACAAAUACUACAAACUGGUAAACUGCAAAAUUCAAAUUGUAACAUUCUUGGAUUAAAGAACUUGGAGACUGAUUUAUUUAAUUUAUAUAUUUAUCAAACUGUGAGUGGGUUGAAAUUUAUUAUUAUAACUAAACCAAAUUUAACGCAAGUGGAUUUGAAUAAUUUGAAUGAAAAUUUUAAAAAUUUGUAUGUUGCAUAUAGUGAUUUUGUUAUGAAGAAUCCUUUUUAUUCGUUGGAUAUGCCUAUAAAGAGUCAGCUAUUUGAUAAUAAAGUUAAAGAAAUAUUAAUAUAG